AUGCUUCCUCUCCUUUGGUUACUUAUGUUCUGGGUACCACAAGGGCUCGCCUUGAUCAGCCCUAUAAAGGUCCACGGCCGCUAUUUCUUCGACUCCGUCACCCAGGAGCCCUUCUACAUCAAGGGCGUUGACUACCAGCCUGGGGGCUCUUCUGUCACCUCACAAAACAAAGACCCGCUUUCUGACCCCGAUAUCUGCGCCAGAGACAUUGCGCUUUUCCAGCAGCUCGGCAUCAACACGAUUCGUGUUUAUACCGUCAACCCAGAUCUCGAUCACGAUGUGUGUAUGACACUUCUUGCGCUGGCAGGCAUCUACCUUGUGCUAGACGUAAACUCUCCUCAGCAGGCUCGCCAUUUGAACAGGUACGAGCCUUGGUCCACUUACACAGCAGAGUACCUACAAAAUGUGUUUAAGGUGGUGGAGCAAUUUGGCAGUUACAACAACACGUUGGGAUUUUUCGCCGGCAACGAGAUCGUCAACGACAAGAUUUCCGCCGCUCACUCUCCUAGGUUCGUCAAGGCAAUGGUUCGUGAUAUCAAGCAGUACAUUGAUGCCAACUUGGCCCGCAAAAUCCCCGUGGGCUACUCGGCUGCCGACGACUUGGAUUAUCGAAUUCCGCUAUCGGAGUACUUGGAGUGCAUUGACGAGAGUCCCUUUGACCUAGCUGAUUUUUACGGCGUCAACUCGUACCAGUGGUGUGGGGAUCAGACUUUCUAUUCCAGUGGAUACGACAAGUUGGUCAGCGACUAUGCCGAUUACACCAGACCGGUAUUUUUGUCUGAGUACGGCUGUAACAAGGUGACGCCAAGGAUGUUUUCUGAAGUCCAGGCGUUGUACUCAGAUGAUAUGAUCGGUGUAUUUAGCGGGGGCCUAGCUUACGAGUUUUCGCAAGAGACCAAUAACUAUGGGCUUGUAAAGGUCUUGGACAACGGCGAUGUCAUCUUGUUGGACGAUUUCCUUGCGCUCAAAUACCAGCUCGAGACUGUUCCUGAUAUCAACUACGACGUGGUCACCAACCAUCUUCUUUCCGAAAACAUGAAGGGCUCUGUGGCUAAGCACGAUUACAAACAGCCAACUUGCAAGAGCGAAUUUAAAAACCUCGCCGUUGAACAAGGGCUUCCGUCUUCAGUAGCAGACAAGCUUAUAGACCAAGGUGUUGAUGUGAAGAAGGGCAAGUAUGUUACUCUCACAGAGUCACAAUUGCAGUCCUCUUAUAAAGUUUUCAGUCCUCUGGGAAAAGCCUUGGGAACGCCAACGGUUCGAGUCAUCAGGGAUAUUUCACCAGGCUCGUCAAGCAGAGGACUGCGCCUACCAGUGCAGACUAUUCCCAACAGCGGUACGUAUGGAGGCCAUCACUGCUAUAGGCCAUGUAUCAAAUCUCGGAAGAUCUACUAA